GGGUGAUAACAAGACGGAGGAGAAACAAGAUGAAUGAAUGAAUGAAUGGGUGGGUGGAUGGGUGGGUGGAUGGAUAGAUGGGUGGGCGGGUGAAUGGGUGGAUGAGUAGGUGGGUAGAUGGAUGGGUGGAUGAGGAUGAAUGUGUGGGUUGAGUGAAGGGAUGUGUGAGUAGGUGGAUGGACGGGUGGGUGGGUGAAUGAGUAGGGGGGUAGAUGGAUAGGUGAGUGGGCGGAUGGCUGGCUGGCUGGCUUGCUGGCUGGGUGGACGAAUGGAUGGAUGGUUGGUCUGGAGACUCCUCCCAUCAGCACUCCUGGGUGCAGAGGGACAGUGAGGCGGGGCAGCGCUCCCCUCCAAAGCUCCGCCCUGCAGCAGUCUUCGCGUCGGCCAACCGCGCCGCUCACCUGGAGGCCUCCCCUUUAAGACGCACUCACCUGGGCUCUCACCUGCGCGCCGGCGCUUCCGCAGGAAGAAGGAAGCGGCGCCGCCGUCGCCUCCCGGCGCUCCCUCCCCGCCUCCCAGGUCCGCCGGCCGCCACAAUGUCCGCCUCGGCUGUCUUCAUCCUCGACGUCAAGGGCAAGCCCCUGAUCAGCCGCAACUACAAGGGCGAUGUGGCCAUGAGUGAGAUUGAGAACUUCAUGCCUCUGCUCAUGCAGCGGGAGGAGGAGGGCGCCUUGGCCCCGCUGCUGAGCCAUGGCCGGGUCCACUUUUUGUGGAUCAAACACAGCAACCUCUAUUUGGUGGCCACCACACUGAAGAACGCCAACGCCUCCCUCGUGUACUCCUUCCUCUACAAGACGGUGGAGGUAUUCUCUGAAUACUUCAAGGAGCUGGAGGAGGAGAGCAUCCGAGACAACUUCGUCAUCGUCUACGAGCUGCUGGACGAGCUCAUGGACUUCGGCUUCCCACAGACCACCGACAGCAAGAUCCUGCAGGAGUACAUCACACAGCAGGGCAACAAGCUGGAGACCGGCAAAUCUCGAGUGCCACCCACUGUCACCAAUGCUGUGUCCUGGCGCUCUGAGGGCAUCAAGUACAAGAAGAAUGAGGUGUUCAUUGAUGUCAUAGAGUCUGUCAACCUGCUGGUCAAUGCCAAUGGCAGCGUCCUGCUGAGCGAGAUCGUGGGCACCAUCAAGCUCAAGGUGUUUCUGUCGGGAAUGCCAGAGCUGCGGCUUGGCCUCAACGACCGUGUGCUCUUUGAGCUCACUGGCCGAAGCAAGAACAAGUCUGUGGAACUGGAAGACGUCAAAUUCCACCAGUGUGUGCGGCUGUCUCGCUUUGACAAUGACCGCACUAUCUCCUUCAUCCCACCCGACGGCGACUUUGAGCUCAUGUCCUACCGUCUCAGUACCCAGGUCAAGCCGUUGAUCUGGAUUGAGUCCGUCAUUGAGAAGUUCUCCCACAGCCGUGUGGAGAUCAUGGUCAAGGCCAAGGGGCAGUUUAAGAAGCAGUCGGUGGCCAACGGCGUGGAGAUAUCCGUGCCCGUGCCCAGUGAUGCCGACUCCCCGCGCUUCAAGACCAGUGUAGGCAGUGCCAAGUACGUGCCCGAAAAGAAUGUCGUUAUUUGGAGUAUUAAGUCCUUCCCGGGGGGCAAGGAGUACCUGAUGCGCGCCCACUUUGGCCUCCCCAGCGUGGAGAAGGAGGAGGUGGAGGGCCGGCCCCCUAUUGGGGUCAAGUUUGAGAUCCCCUACUUCACUGUCUCCGGGAUCCAGGUCCGAUACAUGAAGAUCAUUGAGAAAAGCGGUUACCAGGCCCUGCCGUGGGUUCGCUACAUCACCCAGAGUGGCGAUUAUCAACUUCGUACCAGCUAGGAGAGAGAAGAGGUGGGGCCUAGACAUGGGGCCUUCCCUCUCCCCAGGCUGGGACUGUAGACUUCCUGGGAGGAAGAUGGGGGAUGUGUGUGAGGGAAGGCCCCUGACUUAGCCGUUUCUUGCUCCCAGCACCCGGCAUCCUCCCUGCCUUUCUCUCUACCCACAGGCUAGGAGGAACAGUCUCCCCACCUCCCUCUGCCUCCGGGCUCCCCACUCCUCCAAUUUUAUAUGAAGAAUAGAGGAGGGUCUUGAAGCCCCCCUCAUGAGUGCCUUCUUGCAGUGACCUGCCUUAGGGGUGUCGGGGCCCCUCCUUCACAGCUGCUGAGCCCAGAGGCCACCCUGGCCCACCCUGAGUUUUAGGAUGGUAUUAAAAAGAAUGAAUCUGGCUGCUGUGUAUAUUACUGAC